GCUUAAAACAGUCCCGCCAGGCAAUCCACCACUGUGCACACCCUCCCCAGAGAUGAUCCACUAUUCGGCACACCACCCCAAGUAAUACGCCCGCCAGCUACGCAGACCCCCACUAGGCAGCACGCCACGCGGGGCGGGCCGGCCCAGCCGCUGUUGCAAAACCCAGCCUCGCCACCGCACAUGGAAACACGCCGUGCAAAACACGAAAAAACACGCCGUGCAAAACACGAAAAAACACGUCCCCGCCAUCCGGCCCCAGGCACAGGCCCCAGGCACAGGCCCCGUUCCACGGCGGCCGCCGUUUCAGCUCCGCCGCCCUGAAACCGGCGUGGCACAUCCCGUAUUUACCUUCGGCCCCCAUGUGGCCGCGUGCGUCAGCCCCCGUCACCCCACGCUCCCUAUUGUCCUUGCACUCGGGUUUUUUGACGGGGCCCGCUGUAUUUUCUUUUCGCAGCUCGCCUUCCUGUUUGGGCACGCGUGCUGCGACCGCCGCUGCGCUGCUCACUGGCCCGGCCUGUUCCUUUAUAUUCGCCUGUGUGCCCGCGCCCCAGGCCCGGCCCCAGAAACCACGGCCGGCUUCUUCCCUCACUGCCACGCCAUCCCCCACCCGCUUUUCCUUUCCUGCUGCCCGCCUCCCAGCCGCCCAGCACCCUUCUUAUUUUCCCUGUGGUUUUUCGUUGUUGUUGUUUUUUUGCAGCCUGCCGCCCGCCGCCUUGGCCCUCGCUAGUCUUGCUAUUUGUGCCCCCACCAUUGGCCGCCCCUCCGCACCGGUGCCUCUGCCCCCCAGCCAUACUUACCCGGCGCCAGGAUUUUAUUUUUUUUUCCCGCGCCCAGCCCGCAAACUCUCCACGCGUUUCGCCAGGCAAAUCAGCACCGAGCCACGCACAUCGCACUGAGCAAAAAACACCCUGCGCUUUUUCUGCCACGCCCCCGUCCCCCAACACGGCCCCUCUGCACCCACACGGCCCCCGCCCACAAACACGG